GGGCCGCCCCGGUGCGGCGGGGCCCGGCCCGCAGAGCCCCAGCGCCGCCGCCAUGAGCAGCGCGGAGCCGCCGCUCGGCGCCGGGCCGCGGGCAGCGCCCGCCUGGCAGCGGGAGAUCCUGGAGCGCAAGCGGGCCAAGCUGGCCGGGGCGGGCGGCGAGCCCGAGCCCCCGGCCGGGGAGCGGCUGGUGGUGGCGGAGAGCCUGGGCCCGCUCCGCGAGAACCCCUUCAUGCGGCUGGAGAGCGAGCGGCGCCGGCUGCGGCAGGGGCGGCCCGGGCCCGGCGGCGCGGCGCGGCCCCUGCAGCAGCUGCUGGAGCUGUACAGCGCCGUGCCCGGCAUCCGCACCAUCCGCGCCGACAACAUCCUCAUCAUCGAGUCCCGCGCCGACCCCGCCGCCUGCUUCUCGGCGGGGGACGCGCCGCCCGCCCGCCGCCGGGACCCGGCCGGCGCCGACCCGCUGCGGGAGCUGCUGGCCCGGCGCGGCGCCGCGCUCGCCGAGAUCCGCGCCGACCAGGUCGUCAUCUACGAGACGGCCGAGCCGCCGGAGCCGCCCGAGGCGGCCGAGCCGGGCACCGUCAGCCGCCUCCUGGAGAAGUUCGGGCAGCGGCCGCGGGGCCGCCGUCGCCGCGUUGGGGACGCGCUGACCGGGACCGGCGGGGUCGCGGCUCCGCCGCAGGUGGGACCGGGCGCUUCCCGGGCCGCGCCGCCCCCUCCGCCCGCGGGGCCCGGCUCCCCCCGCGCCCCCGCGCCCCUCCAGAAGGGACCCGGCUUCCCCCGGGCUCCGGCGCCAAAGCCGGGACCGGCAUCUCCGCCCGCGGUCCCGACCACUCCUCCGCCGCUGCCGGCUCCCCCCCGAGCUGCCACCCCCCCAGCGGUGCCGGUGGCCCCGCAGCCCACGGUCCUGCAGCCGGCUUCCCCCCGGGCUGUCACCCCUCCGCCCGCGGCCUCCCCGCGGGCUGCCACUCCCCCGCCCACGGUUUCCCCUCGGGCUGUCACCCCCCAGCCCGCGGCACCUCCCCGGGCUGUCACCCCCCAGCCCACCCCGGCUCCCCCCCGGGCUGCAGCCCCCCAGGCGGCCCCGGCUGCCCCCAAGGCUGCGGCCCCUCAGGCCAACUGCUUUGUCCACAAGAUCAGCUCCAACUCCUUCACGGUCACGCCCCGGGGGCAGCCCCCCAGCGCCCGCGUCCCCGAGCCCGGUGCUGUCCCCGCCGGCCGCCCCGCAACGCCCAAGGGGCCGCCAGUGCCAUCCCCCAGCCCUUCCCAUGCCAGAGCCAACGCCAGGAGGCCAAAGCCGGAGGAGGCCGAAGCGGCCGUGUCGCCCCUGCCCAGUGCCAGUCCGGCCCCCAGUGCCACCGGCGCCGUUCGGCCGCUCUCCGCCUCUGCCCCCCGGGCCGGGGGCUCCUUCGAAAUCCACCCGGCCCCCAAGCCCGACUUGGCGGCCAUCCCGGCCCACGACCUGCAGGCACAGGCUCUGGCCAAGCUGCGCCUCAAUUCGCGCAAUUCCUUCGUCUUCGUGCCCCGCCGGGAGGGCAGCCCGGCCCAGAUUGCCAGGCCAGGCCCGCCGCCGCCGCCCGCGGAGGAGAAGGCGCCCAAGGAGCCCCCGAGGGCUCCCGCCCCGGAGCAGGAAGAGCCCAUCACUUCCCCAGCGGCGCCUCUGGAACCCUUGGUACCUGUGACUUACAUCGAUGACAUUGUGGAGCCGGAGAGCGGGGAGCUGCUUCCCAGGGCUGGCCCGGCUGCGAGGACCGGGAGCUUGGCGGAUCAGCACGCAGGAGCUGGCCCGGACCUGGAGAUGGAGUUUUCGUCCGUGCCCCUCUACAGACCGCACUCUGCCCCCCAGCAGAGGGGAGGCAGCACCUUCACUGUCGUGCCCAAAAGGAAGCCCGUGGCCCCAGGGCUGCAGGCCGAUGCCAGCGGAAGGCCACAGCGGGAGGAAGAGGAGGAGGAGGAGGAGAGCAAAGGAAGAGGCAAAGCCGUGGAGAACGCUGAUGGGCCCCAAGUGGGGACAUCCCACAAAAAGCGCUACCCCACAGUGAACGAGAUUGAAGUGAUCGGGGGGUACCUGUCUCUGGAGAGGUCCUGCAUGAGCAAGACGGGCUCACGCCGCAAGAAGAUGAAGAUCUCUUUCAAUGAGACAAGCUUGCAGACCAUGUUUGAGUACCCCUCAGAGAGCUCUCUGGCAGAAGAAGAUGAGGAAGAUGAAGGACAUGCUUCUGAAACAGAGGAGGAAAAAUCUCAUUCCUAUUACAUUCCACGCCCAAACAGCACUUUGCAUCCCAGUACACCUAACUCAGCAGAUUUAUCCAGCUACACCCCAAAGCACUCCGUGAAGUUCAGCGAGUGGCAGGAGCAGAAGUAUGAGGGUCCUGCUGCAGAGGGACCUGCAGCAAAGGAAGCUGAUUCCCAUGGGAACCAAGUCAUGCUCACCCCGGCGGAGAAGGGCGGGCUCUCGGAUUUCAGCAGCGAGCCCGCGCUCUAUUUCUGAGGCUGCUCGGCGGCGCUGCAGCAGCGGCUGCUGGGCAGGACGGGGCGGUGCAGCCGCACGGGAACCGCACCGGCCCCGCAUCCUCCUGCCACGGGCGGACCAGGUGCCCUCGGCCAUCCUCGGAGAAUAUUUGCACUGGAUUUUGGGACCCAACUACUGCUCUCAAGGCGUAUGAUUGAUUCUGCCUGUGGCCUUGCAUAUUCCUUGUUCAAGAUCAGCUGCUGGUUAGGCACGUGUGGGAAGGAUAUCUGUAAUCCCGGGGUGGAUGUUGAUUUUUCUCAGUGCUUGUCUGAGUCCAGGCACUGUGCAGGGUCUGGACAGCUUUUGCAACCCUUCUCCCCGGUGGAGGAUGGCUCUGGAGUUGGAGCACUGGGCAGUUAGGUGGGUUCACAGCAUGGCUGUGAUUUGACACAUUGGGUAUCAGUUUGGAAAACCAUGGGUUGUCCUCGGCAUGUUUCCAGCCCUGGUUUCACUGAAACAUCAUGGAAUUCAUGUGCCAGUUACAUGCUUGUGGAGAUCACUGAACACCCCGAGGGAGGGAUGGGAACAGUUAUGAAUGCCUUUAGCUUUAGGUGUUAUUUUUGCACCAAUCAGUUGAGAAAUGUCCAGACUGUAUUGAGCUUCUUGAAGAUUCCCAAACAUUGGCCAUAGCCUUGGUCUGUCAUUCCCAACUCUGGCAUCCAGUCUCUGGGAAUUGCUGGUUGUGCUCCACUUUGCCAGCUCCUUUUGUUGCUUUAUUCCAGAUCUGAUUGAUCUCUCUUGGCUGCUUCCUCUACGCCACACUCUGCUCCUCUAAUCAAAGCACAGGAGGGCAGUUUCACUCCUUUCUUCUGCAGAACUUGAACAAGGAAUGUGGGUUAUUUUUGUUUUUUUCUAGCAUUUUUAUAGUUCUAUUGUAAUUGUUUAAUGCAGCCAAUAUGCAAAGGAAUCUGCUAGAAUCUUCCAUUCAAGUUUUCUACUACUGUAAACUCAGGGUCAAAAUUGCACUCUGGAACAGAUGGAGCAGUGCUGCUAAUGUGAUUUGUACUUUGGGAUUAAAAGAGAUGUGGUGAGAAGAGAUCUGGACUCUUUGGGCUUUAUGGAAUGAGUGUGGAAUGCCCCUGGUGUGGGGCAUGAUACAAAGGAACAAGCUGGUAUCUUUGAUUAUAUGUGAUGGUUACUGGUUUGUCUAUUAUAGAUGAUGAAUGUUCAAGUGACACUGGUCUGUGAACUCAAAAUGCUCUGCAUAUCUUGCACUUGGCUUGGUGUCUGUAGUAGCAGCAAGGGAAGGCUGUUCUGUUGAAAAACACAGGAUUAAAUGUUAGAACAUAUCUAAUUGUAGCUGUUCCCUGCUGCCCUGGGUGCCUAAAUACUUUUGGAAAAAUAAUGCAAAAAAAAAAAAAAAAUAA